AUAACAACACUCAAUGACUGAUCAAUCGAUGGUGCUUCCUCCAUUGAACUUUCUUGAUAGCUAGCUAUAAAACCCAACGAAUUCACAACUACUUCCACACACAAAUGGCAGCUUCAUUCAAACUCGUAUACUUGCUUGCUGUUCUUCUUGUGAUCGCUGCAUGGAGUGAAGUAAACGGAGCUGGAGAAUGUGGCAAAGCAAAUCCCGACAUGGAAGCCUUCAAGCUCGCACCAUGUGCAUCAGCUGCACAAGACGUGAAUGCUUCGGUUUCUUCGAGUUGUUGUGCUCAAGUGAAGAGAAUAGGGAAGAACCCUAAAUGCUUGUGUGCUGUAAUGCUGUCUAAUACUGCAAAAUCUUCUGGGAUUAAGCCAGAGAUCGCUGUGACAAUUCCUAAACGUUGCAAUAUUGUUGAUCGGCCCGUUGGUUAUCAAUGUGGAGCCUAUACAUUGCCUUGAAAGAUGGAAAGGUGGUGGUUUAAGUUCGAGUUAUGUACGUUGUAUGGGUGAGUUUGAGAUUGUAAUUUGAAUAAAUCCAAUCUUCUUGUUUGGUGUUGAUUAUGUUGUUUUCUGAUCUCGAGAAUUGUGUUGAAUACAAAGUCUAAUUUGAGUUUUA